UAUGCUUUCCGAAAUUUUGUACUUGUACUGAUGUUAGUUUGGGUUUAUCCACAGAAACAUUGGCCAAGGAACUUUUAAGAACUACCAUUUCUCAAGGAACAGAAGGAAAAAGAUGUCAUCUUCAGUCCAAUGCAGAGUUUGAAGAGCAAAGACAUACAGCAUGAUGGAGGAUCUGUGGACUAUUUUUUGUGGGGAGUCUGAUUGUUCAUAUGGGGGUGGAAACAAGUGCUCUACUGCUUUUAUGCUCUUGACCUAUCCUUCUUCAUGUAUCAACAAUGUCUUGGUCAUUGCCUUCGAUGUCCUGCUUCUACUCAUGUUGUUAUUCAACUUCAUUCACAAACAACCAACAGCAAUGCAUCAGACGCCCUCCAGCUCCCAAGGCCAUUUGCCUUCUCAGAUAUUCUCUGCAAUUUUUAAUGGUGGUUUGGGCGUGGUUUACUUCAGUUAUGGAAUCUGGAUGCUGCAAUAUAACUUGAGAAAUGUGCAGACUAUUCUACCCCUGCAUCAGUGGCUAGUGCUGUUGUUUCAAGGCUUUACGUGGAUCCUACUUGCUUUAACCAUUAGCCUUCGGGGAAAACAACUUCCAAAAGCCUUUUUGAGGCUUUGGUCCAUACUUGCCUGCUUGUUUGCGGGAGUUCUCUGUGUUUUUUCUCUCUUGGCUGCCAUCGUAGGCAAGCAAGCAUCAGUUAGGAUUGUUUUGGAUGUUUUAUCUUUGCCAGGAGCAAUUCUAUUGCUGUUAUGCACUUACAAGGUACACACAUAUAAGGAAAUUGGUGAUCUUAUCAGCAGUUCUGCCCUCUAUACACCUUUGAUUGGUCAGGCCAAUGGCAGUGGUAAAACUGAUUUGGAUAACAAUGUGACUACUUUUGCUGAUGCUGGAUUUUUCAGUAAAAUGUUAUUUUGGUGGUUAAACCCCUUAGUGAGGAAAGGUGGGGAGAAAACCCUUGAAGAAGAAGAUAUACCUCGCUUACGUGAAGUAGACAGAGCAGAAACCUGCUACACCCUCUUUGUGGAACGACUGAACAAACAUAAACAGUCCAAUUUGUCUACCCCACCAUCAAUUUUGUGGACGAUAGUCUCUUGCCAAUGGAAAGAAAUUUUAAUUUCUGGGUUCUUUGCAUUGCUUAAGAUAAUCACCCUGUCUGCUGGUCCUCUACUUCUUAAUGCCUUCAUUCAGGUUGCUGAAGGAAAAGAAGCAUUCAAAUAUGAAGGUUAUGUAUUAGCCAUGUCUCUGUUCAUUGCAAAAUGCGUAGAAUCCUUAUCACAAAGGCAGUGGUACUUCCGAUGUAGAAUAAUCGGCCUCCAAGUAAGGUCUUUGCUCUCUUCAGCCAUUUACAGAAAACAACUUAGACUCUCGAAUGCUGCCAAGAUGAUGCAUUCAGCUGGAAAUAUAAUGAACUAUGUCACUGUAGAUGCUUAUAGGGUUGGUGAAUUUCCUUACUGGUUUCAUCAAACAUGGACAACAAGCCUUCAGCUUUGCAUUGCAUUAGUGAUUCUCUUCCAUGCUGUGGGGCUAGCAACCCUAGCGGCCCUAGUUGUAAUAAUACUUACUGUCCUCUGCAAUUCUCCCCUUGCCAAGCUACAGAACAAAUUCCAGACUAAGCUCAUGGUGGCGCAAGAUGAAAGGCUGAAGGCUUGUUCUGAGGAUCUUGUGAACAUGAAGGUGUUGAAGCUGUACGCAUGGGAGACUCAUUUCAAGGAUGUUAUAGAAAGAUUUAGGACUGAGGAAUAUACAUGGUUGUCAGCAGUGCAAAUGAGAAGAGCACAGAACAUAUUUCUGUUUUGGGCAUCCCCCAUAUUGGUCUCAACUGCUACGUUUGGGGCAUGUUACUUCCUUGGAAUUCCUCUCAAUGCUAGUAAUGUUUUCACCUUUGUAGCAACUUUACGCCUUGUCCAAGAUCCUAUUAUGUCGAUCCCUGAUGUUAUUGGAGUGGUCAUUCAAGCAAAGGUUUCACUAGAACGAAUUGUCAAGUUUCUUGAGGCACCUGAGUUACAAAAUGAAAAUAUUAGGCAAAAGUGCAAAGUUGAGGAGUUCAGGACAUCUAUUUCUAUGAAGUCGGCAAAUCUUUCAUGGGAAGAGAAUCCGUCUAAGCUCACAUUAAGAGACAUAAACCUAGUGGUUAAACCUGGUGAAAAAGUGGCUGUCUGCGGAGAGGUUGGUUCAGGAAAAUCAACCCUUCUUGCGGCAAUUCUUGGAGAAGUUCCACUUAUAGGGGGUACUAUUCAAGUUUAUGGAAAGAUUGCCUAUGUUUCUCAGAUGGCAUGGAUUCAAACAGGAACAUUACAAGGGAAUAUUCUGUUUGGUUCAUCCAUGGAUAAGCAAAGAUAUCAAGAAGUACUUGAGAAAUGUUCAUUGGUAAAGGACCUUGAGAUGCUACCCUUCGGCGAUCUAACUGAAAUAGGAGAAAGAGGAGUUAAUUUAAGCGGUGGUCAGAAGCAGCGCAUUCAACUUGCUCGUGCACUGUAUCAGGAUGCCGAUAUUUAUCUAUUGGAUGAUCCAUUUAGUGCUGUUGAUGCACACACUGCCACAAGCCUAUUUAAUGAAUAUGUGAUGGGAGCUUUAUCAGGAAAGGCGGUCAUACUUGUGACCCACCAAGUCGAUUUCCUUCCUGCUUUUGAUUCUGUUUUGUUAAUGUCUGGUGGGGCAAUCUUAGAUGCUGCACCUUAUUACCAAUUAUUAGCCUCUACUCGAGAAUUUCAAGAGCUUGUCAAUGCACACAAGGACACUGCAGGUUCCGAAAGGCUAGCUGAGGUUACUUCUCCCCAGAGGGUUGAAAUUACUUCUGGAGAGAUUAAGAAGACAUCAACUGAGAAACAGUUCAAAGAAACAGCAAGAGAUCAGUUGAUUAAAAAAGAAGAAAGGGAAAUUGGAGAUACAGGAUUUAAGCCUUAUGUACAAUAUCUAAAUCAGAAUAAAGGCUUCUUAUAUUUCACAAUUGCAAGUCUUUGUCAGAUCAUAUAUGCGGCUGGGCAAAUAUCUCAGAAUGCUUGGAUGGCUGCUAAUGUUCAGAAUCCUCAUGUUAGCGAAUUAUUACUGAUCACAGUUUACUUGGUGAUUGGAUGUAUUUCAACAUUCAUUUUGUUCUUUAGAUCACUUGCCAUAGUUGUUUUGUGCAUCAAGUCAUCAAUGUCCAUAUUUUCUCAGCUAUUGAACUCUCUUUUCCGUGCACCGAUGUCUUUUUAUGACUCAACACCAUUGGGACGGAUAUUGAGUCGAGUUUCUUCUGAUUUGAGUAUUGUCGACCUUGAUGUCCCAUUCAGUUUAAUGUUUACUUUUGCGUCUACUGCAAAUGCUUGUGCGAGUCUAGGAGUAUUGGCUUUUGUUACUUGGCAAGUUUUAUUUGUCUCCAUACCAGUGAUUUACUUGACACUACGCUUGCAGAAAUACUACUUUGCUUCUGCAAAGGAGUUUAUGCGGAUCAACGGCACAACUAAGUCUUUUGUAGCAAACCAUUUGGCAGAAUCCAUUGCUGGAGCCAUGACAAUCAGAGCUUUUGAGGAUGAAAAGCGAUUUAUCACUACGAAUUUCGAUGUCGUUGAUAGAAAUGCUAGCCCCUUUUUUCACAAUUUUGCAGCAAAUGAAUGGUUGAUCCAACGUUUAGAACUGUUAAGUGCCACUGUUCUUUCUUCCUCUGCUCUUGCCAUGGUUUUGCUUCCUCUAGAAACUUUUGGCUCAGGAUUUGUUGGAAUGGCUCUGUCUUAUGGUCUUUCAUUGAACAUGUCCCUCAUUUUCUCUAUUCAAAACCAGUGUAUGCUAGCGAAUUACAUCAUUUCUGUUGAAAGGCUAAACCAGUACAUGCAUAUACCCAGUGAAGCCCCUGAAGUCAUAGAAGAAAACCGACCCCCAACAAGUUGGCCUGCUGUGGGUAAAGUAGAGAUCCGUGAUUUGAAGAUCAGAUAUAGGCUUGAUACUCCACUUGUUCUAGCCGGGAUCAGUUGCACAUUUGAAGGAGGACAUAAGAUUGGUAUUGUUGGUCGCACUGGUAGUGGGAAAACGACUUUGAUCAGUGCUCUGUUUCGCCUUGUGGAGCCAGCAGAUGGAAAGAUCAUCAUAGACAAUGUAGACAUCUCCAUGAUAGGGCUUCAUGAUCUGAGGUCACGUAUUGGGAUCAUACCUCAAGAUCCUACGCUUUUUAAUGGGACCAUAAGAGACAAUUUGGAUCCUUUAUCACAAUAUACUGACAAGGAAAUAUGGGAGGUCCUUAGAAAAUGCCAGCUUCAAGAGGCUGUAAAAGAGAAAGAAAAAGGUCUGGAUGCUGCAGUAAUUGAAGAUGGAUCAAAUUGGAGCAUGGGACAGCGGCAGUUAUUCUGUUUGGGCCGUGCUCUUUUAAGAAGAAGUCGGAUAUUGGUGCUUGACGAAGCUACUGCAUCAAUAGAUAAUGCAACAGAUGCAAUACUGCAGAAAACAAUUAGGACUGAAUUUGCAGAUUGCACUGUUAUUACGGUGGCCCACAGAAUACCAACUGUAAUGGACUGCACAAAGGUGCUCGCCAUGAGUGAUGGAAAAGAAGCAUUCAAAUAUGAAGGUUAUGUAUUAGCCAUGUCUCUGUUCAUUGCAAAAUGCAUAGAAUCCUUAUCACAAAGGCAGUGGUACUUCCGAUGUAGAAUAAUCGGCCUCCAAGUAAGGUCUUUGCUCUCGGCAGCCAUUUAUAGAAAACAACUUAGACUCUCGAAUGCUGCCAAGAUGAUGCAUUCAGCUGGUAAUAUAAUGAACUAUGUCACUGUAGAUGCUUAUAGAGUUGGUGAAUUUCCUUACUGGUUUCAUCAAACGUGGACAACAAGCCUUCAGCUUUGCAUUGCAUUAGUGAUUCUCUUCCAUGCUGUGGGGCUAGCAACCUUAGCAGCCCUAGUUGUAAUAAUACUUACUGUCCUCUGCAAUACUCCCCUAGCCAAACUACAGAACAAAUUCCAGACUAAGCUCAUGGUGGCGCAAGAUGAAAGGCUGAAGGCUUGUUCAGAGGCUCUUGUGAACAUGAAGGUGUUGAAGCUGUACGCAUGGGAGACCCAUUUCAAGGAUGUUAUAGAAAGAUUUAGGACUGAGGAAUAUACAUGGUUGUCGGCAGUGCAAAUGAGAAAAGCAUACAACAUACUUCUGUUUUGGACAUCCCCCGUCUUGGUCUCAGCAGCUACUUUUGGGGCAUGUUACUUCCUUGGAAUUCCUCUCAAUGCUAGUAAUGUUUUCACCUUUGUAGCAACUUUACGUCUUGUCCAGGAUCCCAUUAGAUUGAUCCCUGAUGUCAUUGGAGUGGUCAUUCAAGCAAAGGUUUCACUAGAACGAAUUGUCAAGUUUCUUGAGGCACCUGAAUUACAAAAUGAAAACAUUAGGAAAAAGUGCAAAGUUGAGGAGUUCAGGACAUCUAUUUCUAUGAAGUCGGCAAAUCUUUCAUGGGAAGAGAAUCCAUCUAAGCUCACGUUAAAAGACAUAAACCUAGUGGUUAAACCUGGUGAAAAAGUGGCUGUCUGCGGAGAGGUUGGCUCAGGAAAAUCAACCCUUCUUGCAGCGAUUCUUGGAGAAGUUCCACUUAUUGGGGGUAGUAUUCAAAUUUAUGGAAAGAUUGCCUAUGUUUCUCAGAUGGCAUGGAUUCAAACAGGAACAGUACAAGGGAAUAUUCUGUUUGGUUCAUCCAUGGAUAAGCAAAGAUAUCAAGAAGUACUUGAGAAAUGUUCAUUGGUAAAGGACCUUGAGAUGCUACCCUUCGGCGAUCUAACUGAAAUAGGAGAAAGAGGAGUUAAUUUAAGCGGUGGUCAGAAGCAGCGCAUUCAACUUGCUCGUGCACUGUAUCAGGAUGCCGAUAUUUAUCUAUUGGAUGAUCCAUUUAGUGCUGUUGAUGCACACACUGCCACAAGCCUAUUUAAUGUAAACACAAUUCUUACCGACAUUCAAUUUAUGCUAUUUGGCUACAAUCUCUUAUUGAAUGUAAAUUGUGUGUGGCAGGAAUAUGUGAUGGGAGCUUUAUCAGGAAAGGCGGUCAUACUUGUGACCCACCAAGUCGAUUUCCUUCCUGCUUUUGAUUCUGUUUUGUUAAUGUCUGGUGGGGAAAUCUUAGAUGCUGCACCUUAUUACCAAUUAUUAGCCUCUACUCGAGAAUUUCAAGAGCUUGUCAAUGCACACAAGGACACUGCAGGUUCCGAAAGGCUAGCUGAGGUUACUUCUCCUCAGAGGGUUGAAAUUACUUCCGGAGAGAUUAAGACAUACACUGAGAAACAGUUCAAAGAAACAACAAGAGAUCAGUUGAUUAAAAAAGAAGAAAAAGAAAUUGGAGAUACAGGCUUUAAGCCUUAUAUACAAUAUCUAAAUCAGAACAAAGGCUUCUUGUAUUUCACAGUUGCAAGUCUUUGUCACAUCAUAUUUGUGGCUGGGCAAAUAUCUCAGAAUGCUUGGAUGGCUGCUAAUGUUCAGAAUCCUCAUGUUAGCGAAUUGUUACUGAUCACAGUCUACUUGGUGAUUGGAUGUAGCUCAAUAUUCAUUUUGCUCUUUAGAUCACUUGCCGCAGUUGUUUUGUGCAUCAAGUCAUCAAAGUCCAUAUUUUCUCAGCUAUUGAACUCUCUUUUCCAUGCACCGAUGGCUUUUUAUGAUUCAACACCAUUGGGACGGAUAUUGAGUAGAGUUUCUUCUGAUUUGAGUAUUGUCGACCUUGAUGUCCCAUUCAGUUUAAUCUUUACUUUUGGGUCUACUGCAAAUGCUUGUGCGAGUCUAGGAGUAUUGGCUUUUGUUACUUGGCAAGUUCUAUUUGUCUCCAUACCAGUGAUUUACUUGACACUACGCUUGCAGAAAUACUACUUUGCUUCUGCAAAGGAGUUAAUGCGGAUCAAUGGCACAACAAAGUCUUUUGUAGCAAACCAUUUGGCAGAAUCUAUUGCUGGAGCCAUGACAAUCAGAGCUUUUGAGGAUGAAGAGCGAUUUUUCACUACGAAUUUCAAUGUCGUUGAUAGAAAUGCUAGCCCCUUUUUCCACAAUUUUGCAGCAAAUGAAUGGUUAAUCCAACGUUUAGAACUGUUAAGUGCCACCGUUCUUUCUUCCUCUGCUCUUGCCAUGGUUUUGCUUCCUCCAGGAACUUUUGGCUCAGGAUUUGUUGGAAUGGCGCUGUCUUAUGGUCUUUCGUUGAACAUGUCCCUCAUUUUCUCUAUUCAAAACCAGUGUACCCUAGCGAAUUACAUCAUUUCUGUUGAAAGGCUAAACCAGUACAUGCAUAUACCCAGUGAAGCCCCUGAAGUCAUAGAAGAAAACCGCCCCCCACCAAGUUGGCCUGCUGUGGGUAAAGUAGAGAUCUGUGAUUUGGAGAUCAGAUAUAGGCCCGAUACUCCACUUGUUCUAGCCGGGAUCAGUUGCACAUUUGAAGGAGGACAUAAGAUUGGUAUUGUUGGUCGCACUGGUAGUGGGAAAACGACUUUGAUCAGUGCUCUGUUUCGCCUUGUGGAGCCAGCAGAUGGAAAGAUCAUCAUAGACAACGUAGACAUCUCCAUGAUAGGGCUUCAUGAUUUGCGGUCACGUAUUGGGAUCAUACCUCAAGAUCCUACUCUUUUUAAUGGGACCAUAAGAGACAAUUUGGAUCCUUUAUCACAAUAUACUGACAAGGAAAUAUGGGAGGUCCUUAGAAAAUGCCAGCUUCAAGAGGUUGUACAAGAGAAAGAAAAAGGUCUGGAUGCUGCAGGUAAGUUACAUAUAUGGGCUGCCUUUUCUCUCUCUUUCAUUUUUAUCAGCUUUGAAUUAUUUAAACCUGAAAUUACAGUAAUUGAAGGUGGAUCAAAUUGGAGCAUGGGACAGCGGCAGUUAUUCUGUUUGGGCCGUGCUCUUUUAAGAAGAAGUCAGAUAUUGGUGCUUGACGAAGCUACUGCAUCAAUAGAUAAUGCAACAGAUGCAAUACUGCAGAAAACAAUUAGGACUGAAUUUGCAGAUUGCACUGUUAUUACGGUGGCCCACAGAAUACCAACUGUAAUGGAUUGCACAAAGGUGCUCGCCAUGAGUGAUGGUAAAGUAGUGGAGUAUGAUGAACCAACGACGUUGAUGAAUAGAGAAGGAUCUUUGUUUGGCCGGCUUGUUAGGGAAUACUGGUCCCAUUUCCAUUCAGCUAGUCAUCAUUAGUUAAUAACAGUUCAAGGUGGUAGUUUAAGUAGGGAGGCCCUGAGCAUGGAUGGAGCUCAAUGGGCCUUUCAUCCUUCUCUUGCCUGUGUAAUUUAUCAUGCUCUAGAGAAAUUCACUUGUUGAUUCAGAAAGUUAGUAUUAUGCAUUUGUGAUCUUUAA